UGUUUUAACCCGUGUUUGUAUGAUCGAAAUAUCUUUGUAUUAAAUGCAUUAUUAAAUUGUAGCUGAAUCACCUUAGGGCUACUUGAAUGAAUGAAAGUUCUACACACCCCGCCCCUAUAAGGUCACAUCCCGCACGUUCCAUUUGUACAGGUAUACGGCGCGCUCCUACCCUGUAGCCCAGUUGACAAACGUUGACAGUUUCUAGGAGGAGAAUGGUCCGAUAAUCUUCCCAGUUCAAAGUAUCAGUCUGUUAAUUUUGGAAACGUCGUUCGAAGCUGUCGUUGGACAAAAUCAUAAUAUCUGAAUUUUAAACUAGCAAAGGUUACCGUUACUGCCUAAUAAUGCCCCUUCUUCAACACAUUAUGGACUCAGAAAUGGAGCGGUUAGCCCUGGACCAGAUAGUUCCCUCCCUGCUGGACCAGGGAUUCUUUUAUGUUGACAACUUUCUUGGAGAUAUGGUUGGAGAUUUUGUGUUGCAUCAAGUGAAAGAAAUGCACCACUCUGGAGUGCUGCACGAUGGACAAUUAGCCGGCCAAAGUUCUGGCAUCUCCAGAAGAAACAUUAGGAGUGAUAAAAUAUCUUGGGUCAGCGGACUUGAGAGGGGAUGCGAGGCUAUACAUUUUUUAUUGACACUGAUAGAUAAAUUAAUUUCUCUGUGCAUUGGACGACUUGGGAAAAGCAUAAUUCGGGAGCGUUCGAAGGCGAUGGUAGCAUGUUACCCAGGCAACGGGACAGGGUAUGUGAAGCAUGUGGACAACCCUAAUGCUGAUGGGCGAUGUGUCACCUGUAUCUAUUACCUGAACAAGAACUGGAAUGCCAAGGAGCAUGGGGGAAUUCUACGGAUCUUUCCGGAAGGCAAGUCGUACGUGGCGGACAUUGAACCGCUGUUUGACCGCCUGCUUUUCUUCUGGUCGGACAGAAGGAACCCCCAUGAAGUCCAGCCCUCAUUCUCUACUAGGUAUGCCAUUACAGUGUGGUAUUUUGAUUCCGAGGAAAGGGCUGAAGCCAAGAGGAAGUUCAGAGAUCUAACUGCGUCUACCGAGCAGGACAGUAUGACACCCUGAGCUGCUGCCAGGGCGCCAUCUUGCUGGUCUGAAGAGGUCAGCUGGCCUGGAAGUCUUGUCUUCACAGCCUGCUCUGGGACCUUUAACCCUUCUGCCAUAUUGUGUUUGCUCUCGUGUAUCUCUCUUCACUGAUCUUAAACGGACAAGAAAUGAAGAGAGAUGUGGUUGACAACUUUUUCUAACCCUGAGAUGUGACUAUUAACCCACACCAACACACUUUUGAAGACUCGGUGUGGUCUAGUAGACUAAGCUCUACUCUCAAGAGGACUGUGCUCAUAUGAAGGCUGGCAAGUUCCAACCUGUGGCGUCAUGGUGGAUAUUUAUCAGCAGUGUGGUGUGUCUUGGAGUUAAUCUGCAUUGAAUCAUUUGCUGCCUUUUCUGUGUCUGUGUUGUGCCAUAACAACCGUCUGAGGUGUAAACCUGUGUGUGGAAUCCUACAAUCAUUAAGAAUGGGUGUGGUGAAGUUGUUCAAAAUGGUAGUUAUGUUUGUUCUUCAAUGCAGUUUUUUUGUUGUGUAGAACGGAGGAGGGCUGUUAGUGUUGUGGUCAGUGUGCUAUGCUCCUUUACAGAACCUCUCACUCUAUAGCUCAUAUGGAAUGAAGAUUGCCAAACUUACUACCUACUUGAGUACACUGUCUAUAGAACACAGCAGAUUUCCAGUCUGUCUUUGAAACAUUUGUGAAACCUCAGAGAAAGCCUCCACACAUCUCACCUUUGGCAAAAUAACGAUCCUUGAUGCGACAGCUUAAAGCUGUGUGGUCCAUUAAAGUUAAUAAAAAUAGUUUUUAAUAUGAAAUAUUCAAAUUGUGUUUUAGUUAGCUUGUAUGCUGGUCAGCAAAGCUGAUGUAUGGGGAAUGCUGUUGAGAAUGAGAAAAAUGUUUGCAUGAUGUGAAUAUAAAAAACA